AUGCUUGUUGAUGUAGAAAUGAGGGACAAAAUGGAAAGGCUCGUUCUUCUUCCUUUCUCCAUUGGUUGUGUCUCUGAGUCAAGUGUGGCUAUAGGCGUACACCAACCUCGAAAAACAAAGAUAGACACAAAUUUAUCUGCGACAAGAACAAAAGAAGAAGACGAGGAAAGCUCAUCAAGUACAGAAAGUAUGAAGAAUUCGUUGAAGUUCCUUGCUCUUUCAAAGCCUAACAUAUCCACUGGGUUCCAUAGGCUAGUCAAGGGUUUCAAGACCUUCUCUCAAUUAUUUGCUUACAAAGAAGAGAUUGAAGAAAUGGAAAUGGAAAUUGGGCUGCCAACAGAUGUGAAGCAUGUGACACACAUAGGGUGGGAUGCCUCAUCACCAAAUUCCAAUCCCAUUCUCGGCUGGGACAAUCUCAUUUCUCCCGAGUUGCUUUCCCUUCAAUCUGCAACUUCGAGGCAGUUUGAGCUUGCCAUAGCAGCACAUGCUAAUUCACCUCUUGUUAGGGCUUCCUCCGCUUAG